UGCAAGAUAAACAACGAAUUGUAUUAUACAAAUUAUUAACAAUUAUGAGAUUAUGAUCCCAUGAGGCCAUAAACUAGACUACAUAUAUAUUGAUGGUCAAUUCCAAAGAUGUAACUGUAAUGUUAGUUUCAAGAAAAAAUAUAUUUAAGAUUUGAUUGCAUCCUGUAAUUCCUAAUUUAAUAAUUCUCUUAGGCUUCUUGUAUAAUUAUUAUGUUUGAUAUGUACUUAAAAUUCACAUUAAAAUUUUUUGCAGGCCUUGAUGAGAUUAUUUAUAACUCAUAAUUUAAUUAACACUGAAACCUGUGAAGUUGACCAUCAAUAAACAUGUUAAUAUACAAAAAUAUAUAAAAUGUAAACAUUUAAAUUUUAGUUUGGUACAAAAACAUAAAAAAAUCUGUAAGAUAGUUUUUAUGACGAAAUUUUAGUUUUGAUUACUUGGCACAUGAUAAUAGUAAAGGAGCCAAACAUGUUGUAACUUAUUAUAAAUUUCUUAAGGGAGAGCACUGUUUCUAAAAUAAAUAAAGCUUACCUUCUCAACGAAUAAUUACAUAAAAUGACAAUACUAACCUCAUAAAAAUUCUAGAUUAUUUUAAGUCUGCUACUUACCAUAGGAGAAAUAUAAAAAUAUCGGUUGAAAAUUAAUUUUGUUAACUUCUUAAAAGUAUUUUCAUGAAUAUUUUGUUUCAUCAUUUAAUAAAUGUUAAAUUUAUGUAAAUGACUAUUUAAAAUUAAGAUACUUAAUUUUUUUCGGCCAUCUCCUGUUUUUUAAGGAAAUACCAGCUUGUAUCUAAAGUAUGGAAAACAUCUUUCCAAAAAAAAUGAGUAGGAGGUUUAUCUUCACCAUUCUCAAACUUCAAUUGUUUGCUGAGCUGAAUAGCUAAUUUAGAAGCGACUAGACCAAUCGAUCCAGCAGUUUUAUGACAGGGAUGAUACAUUCUCCCAGUUUCUGGAUCCAUGAAGAGUUUUUCAGGCAAAAAAUUAUUAAACAUAAGAUCUCCAGCGUGUCCAUAGCAAAAUAUGUCUUGACCAUCAUUAUUUAUUAUAUGUGUAUAUACAAUAGGGACAUCAUCACAUCGAAUGUAAUUCCUUUCCCUGCCACACAGUGAAACAUAUGGAAAUGAAGAUUCAUACCUAGACGUGUUAUUGAGACGAAUUCGUUUGAAGAAGAAAACAAGAAAAUCUUUAUCUUUGAAGCAAGAAGUGAAGUUUUUCAUUCUAGCAUCAUCCAAAAAAAGCAUUCCUUGAUGAUCUAUAUAAUAGAAAUAUUCUCUUAUAUUUUUAUGUGGUGACUGUCCUUGAAUAUAAGAUACUUUAGAACAAGUAGCUCUUGUAAAUGUAAUAACUGAUUUGGAUGAAGCAGAAAGAAAUGGUUUUAAAAAGUUAUAUUUCAUAAUUUGAGAACACAAGAAAAACUAAAAUUACGUUUUUUACGUUUUGAUAGUGACAGAACGAGUUGCCAAUGGCAACAGUGGCUCAACUGAUUAAACCAUUAUCAGUAAUAACCGAUAAACGCCAAGAAGUUAAUAAUUGAAAUAGUAAAAUAAUUACAAGUUUCAUCAGUAAUUAAAAAAAGUUUACUUUUUCUGAAAAGAUAUUUAAAGUAAAAAUGAUUAAUAUAAAGAAUUUAAUUAUAACUUCUAACCUGAACUACAACUUGUGUAACAAGAAAGAAGGUUUCAUCAAUUAACAUUUUAGUGUCGUUUUUAAAAUGUUUAUUUAGUUUAGUUUAUUUUACCAUAAAACUAUUGAGGUGAGGCUAGACCAAAAGAAAUGACAGUGUAUAGAAGCUGAACACAUUUAUUUUAAUGGUGGAUUCAAUGACGGCAUAGAAGUCUUGAUGUAAGCGUUGUUUGUAACUUCAUCUCAUCAGAGAACUUCAUAAUAAAGGAAACUUCAGUGUGUUUUUACUUUAACACUCCUGAAAUCCUUGCGAUUUUUAUUUAUACUUAAUUGUACUUGUUCUCUUGAAUGAUUUAGUUUUGUCAAACUUAGUUAAAUACUGUUUGUCAUAGGCAUUAUUUAAGAUCAACCUUUGACAAGGCAAAUGUAUUGAAUAAUUACUUGUUAAUGGAGUUUAAUGUCGUGUUCAUGCUGAUUUUUAAACUUAUGUAGUCAUGAUUUUAAACCACUUUUCAAUGUAGCUGGUAUGGAUAAUAUAAAGCAUGAUGCAGUUAAAGAGGAGGAAAUUGAACUCAAUAAAGGAUCACUGGAUGUUACUAACUGUCUGGCAAAAUCUGAAGGAGAGGAUAUGGGAUGGUGUGUUCCCAGUUGUGAAAGUGAAGUGGAAAAGGAUAUAAAAGAACAGCGUCCUUUUAACCAUUCUAAGAAGAUUAUGAAACAUGCGUUACGCCAACAAGCUAAAAGGCGUAGGAAGAAUACUACGAUAGCUGCUGGAAACCCUGCACCGACUCAACGAUUAACGUUAUCUCCUAAUAGUUGUGAUAUUGAAGAUAUUAGUUGUGAUACUGCAUGCUAUCGGCAACCCACUAUGGCAGAAGUUCUGGCUUCUAUUCCAGGAUUUAGCAUGAAACCCAGAAAAAGAUCACAGAAAAAAUUAUCUGCUGCUGCACAGUUGGAACAAACCAAGGAAGGAUGUGUUGAUCUUGAAACCCCUGACUCAAUUCUUGUGAACUCCAACCUUCGGUCACUGCUUAAUAAACAUACAUUUUCUUCCUUGCCGUCAUUAUAUCAAUAUAAGUUACUUCAGUUAUUGCCUCAUGUUGAUAGAACUGGAUCUGAUUCUGUUUUUAGGUUAAGUGGAUCAGGUCUGAACAAUGAAUUUUUCGCACGUGCUUGUCUUGACUGGAGAGAAAGACUUGCUGAAGGGGAAUUUACACCUGAAAAUCAAGCCAAAAUUAAGGCUGAACAAGAAAAAGAAAAGAGUAAACUUGAUCCCUGGAAGGAGCUGCCGUUGACUGCCCUAGACAGUUCUUCCGUCACCAUCAUAAGUGGUAUGCCCUGCUGCUGGCACACCUCCUUCCUGGAAGGCCUAUUCCCAAGUAUCCCUAGGCUGCCCUUCCAGGGUCCCCUCUCUCAUUUGUUUGCCUACCCAGUCAUCCAAAGAGAUUGGUUACCAAGACCUCAGACUGGAUUGCUUGGCUUAACAGGCCCACCUCGAGAAGGUGAGACUGUACCUACAGUUCAGUCCAAACCAAAAGUUGUUAAGCCUCCACCACCACCUACAGUCACCAGGCUAAGAACGGUUGGUGCAGUAACUAGGGCAGUUACAUCAUACAGAGAAAAAAGAGCUGCGCAGAGUCCUCCACGGCAAAUGGAAAUCAAAAGGAAUAAGCAACAAGAUAAUGGUGUAGAUGAGGAAAGUAUUGAAGACAAACCACCUAAAGAGGAAGAAUCUCAAAAUGGAUUACCGUUUAAUGAAUUAAGAAAUUCUUCAGAAGAAAAUGUGAAUAGCAAUGAACAAAAAAAUGAAAUUGUAAAUAAUAAUGAUGAAACUUUUAAAAGUGAAUCUGAAGAAGACAGGCUAAUUGAUUCUCCAGUUGCUAAUAAUUUAGAUAAUCAAAAUGCUGUUAAGCAGCCUGAUGUUUAUAUUGCUGAGGUUCUUGAAGAAAAUAAUGCGGUGACAUCUAAUCAAGUUGAGGAAACUGCUGUGGAAAAUAAUGAGUCUGCAAAGGAUAUUAAUUUUCCAAUGCCUUCCAGUUGUAAAAUUUCUCCAGAAGAUAAUUCUGAACAAUUUGUACAUGAAGUUGGUAUCCUAUCCCAGUCACUUUUGAUAGAUGAGUUAAAUAAUAAACAAAGACAAUCUGUUUCUGUUGAUUCCAAUGUUUUAGUUAUUCCUGAAAGUAUACUUGAUAUUCAGGAAAAUAACAUUGAUGUUUCUGAAGUGAAGGAUGUUUCUCCUAUCAAUCAUGACAAUGAAAGUAACGUCAACGACAUUAAUACAGUAAUGACUCUACCUAUUGCAAGCAGUCAAACCCCAUUUUCUGAACUUCAGAUGGUUGAUGAUGCUUCAGUAACUAAUAUGCCUGUGAUUAGUGAAGUAGUUUUACCAAAAAUACCAGUUUCUAGUAAUCAGGUUAUUAAUGAACAUCAUAUUUCUAUUACUCAAAAACCUAAUAUUGAAGAAGAAAAGUGGGAAGUAAUACAAGUGAACCCUGGGGAAAAAGAAGGCAAUAUUUAUUUUAAGGAGGAUGAAGCUGCUAUAUUAGCUGCAGCAUGGGAUGUUGUUGGUUCUUCUACUCAUUUCCAAGACCUUCAUCAACCUGUUUCAGUGAUACCAUGCCAAGAAGAGUUAGAAGUAAGACUUCAUGAAAGUUCAUUACCAGCUCCGCAGUGGGUUGAUUAUAUGACGCUGACCCCUGAGGUGGAUUCUCAAGUAUCAUCUAGCUCAGCAGAAGGAGGAAACGAACCUGUUCGUGUUAUUCCACCCACAACAAUUGUUUGCCUUCCACCGUUAACUGCCACUGCACCACCUCCUCCCCCACCUCCACCAGCUUCUUCAUCAGCACUGCCUUAUCUUGCCUUAACCACCAGUACACCAGUUAGAGCUGUCCCAGCUAAACCACUUCAAUCAAAGAGUAGCGGCGGAGGGAGGGGUAGUCGCAGUUCAAACAAACCUCCUCCUGGUGCUGUGAAUUUGGAGCGGUCCUACCAGAUUUGCCAAGCUGUAAUUCAAAACUCUCCUAAUCGUCACCAGCUUAGGUGCCAGCUGAAGCCGCCCCCUUCUCUCUUGGCAAAGCGAAUUCCGCAGCCUGUCCCCAGACAAAGACCACGGCAGGCUGUGGUACUUCGGCAUGUUUUCACCUCAAAUGCUGGUAUUCCUGUUAGUAUGGCUGUAUUACCCUCUCACCCUUCUCAUGUUGGAGGUGUUAGAAGAUCUAACUCUGCUCCUCCAUCAAAUAGUGAAUCCCCUGCUUGUGGUGGUCGUGGGCGCCCAGCCUCAGUUGGUGGCCCAGCACUGUCAUGUGCUUGUUCCCUGAGACCAUUAGUUCCUUGCAGAAGGUGUGGGGACUUUUGCCAUGAGGAUUGCAUCACUCCAUCUCGACUUUGCAUCACCUGUGACUCAGCUUAAGAUUUCAUUACAAUUUUUGUUUAUAUUAUAUUUUUAUUUCCUAUAUGUCAGUCUUAGCUGGCACUACUAUUAGUUUUAUUUAGUAAACUUUCAGGUAACGUGAAACUGAUUAUUUAUCCAUUAAUUUAAAUUCAGAAAAGAUAUGAAAUAAUUUAGAAUGACUCGUAUCAUAUUUAUCUGUAUAAAUUUAAGGAAAAUCAAUAUUUCUAUAGAGAUUUUAGGCUUAAUAAAAGUCUUUUAAUGAAUUUAUCAUUAUGUCAUCAUAAGAAUUAUGAUAAGGCAUCCAUGGUAAAAGAACUAUAUUAUUAUAUAAAAUAUUCAUAAUUCAUUUCUAGAAUAAAUAAUUUUUAGUUGUGAAGUUCUUUUUAACUUGAGAAUUCAAAAAUUACUGAUCUGUUAAAAAUUUGUAUCAUUAUUAAUUUUUUUUUAAUCUUUAAAACCUUUGUAUAUUCAGUAAUUUGAAUCGGAAUACUAAAGUCAAAUUUAACUAAAAUGCAUUAUUAAAUUUCUAACAGUUGAUCAGCUCUCAUUAAAAAUAAUUCAGUUUAUAUUUAUUAUAUGCAAUUAUUUGGAAUGUUAAAAAGUCUUAAUAUUCUUCUUCUUUUUUUUUUUCUUUUUUUAUUAUUUUUACUCCUUUUUUUUCAAAUAAAUUUAUUUAUAUGUAUUUUUACAUUGUUAAAACCAUUAUUAUGGUUAUCUAAUGAAGAUCUAAUAUUACUCUUGACGUAAUUCAUUGUUAAAAUAUUUUGGUGGCGAUAUAUAUUUAUUUAUCAUAGUGCUUUUCUUUUUCAGGAUCAAUAGCUUAGUGUUACUAUUUUUAGGAGCCUUAAAUAUAUUUAAACUGUUUGACUCCAAUGAUUCCUGUGAUAUGCACAUUAUACCUAUUUACGUAUUUUCAACUAACAUAAUUAUUGAGGUUGGUCCCCUCUAUCUCAAUCGAUACAUAUAAAUGUUAUCUAUUAGUUCUGAAAUAGCAAAUAAUUUAUCUUUAAACAAAGUAUAAAUAAUAAUUAUUUUUUUAAAAAUUAGUAGCUAGUUUAAAAGUUAGAUGGUAAUUAUAUAUAAAAAUGUAUAUUAUUAAUAGUAGUCGAGGCUAGUUUAUUAUAGACCAAAGAGUUGUAUGAAUAAAUUAGUAAUAAUGAUUAUUUUUAAUUCUCCUUUGAUGACAAUGACUGUUCUGACUUUAUUUGAGAUAAUUUGACUCUAAAUUCAUCACCUUUAAUAAAUUGUAUGGUCUUAAUGUAAUUGAAGUAAAUAGAAAGUACUUUUGCCAUUAUAAACAAGAGAGGGGAGACUAAUAGAUUACUCUGUUGUUAGAGAACCAGGUAUUUAAAAUAAAAAGGUAAGUGAAUGCACAACUCUGAAGGAAUCUUAUUUAAUGUUAAGGACUAUUAAUUUGUAUUUUUUUCUGGCUGAAGUUUCAAACUUAUUUAUUUGGUUAUUAUUCAUCAUUCAUCAUUCAUGCUUACUCAAAUUGUAUUACCAUGACAUAUUCACUAUUCUACUGGGUUUUGAAAUUCCAUUUUACUACCACUAACUGAGAUCAUGAAAAGAUUCAUGAUAAAAUAUAAUGAAUUCCAUUAUCUUUUAGACAAAUAUUUGAUUAUUUUCUGAAUAUUAUAAAGAAUAACAAGACAUUUUAUCAUGUAAAUGUUGCCUGGUUUCUUUUCUCUCUGUCUCUUUCUCUCUCUCUCUCUCUCUCUCUGCUCUUUUUUAUAUAUUUAUACAUACAUACAAAGAAAAAACCGUUUAGUUAUAGGGAGCAGCAGUACACGAUCUGCGUACAAUACUCCCAAAAAUAUUGUCAAAGUAAAACUGGGAAGGUUAAAACUUUUUUGUUUUCCUUUUAGCCUUCUUUUUUUUUUUUUUUUUUCUGUGUAGUCUUCAUGUUGAAAAAAAUAAUCCUUUUAAAAUGUAUACAUUAUUUUAAAACUGAAAAUUAGCUUUACAAUUAUUUAUUGAUUAUUUAUAAUAUUAAUACAAACUAAUAAUGGUAUUUUUUGUUAAAUUUUAUGUAUUCAAGAAGUUAUUCUCCCAAUAAUGUUUAUUAAAUCAGAUUUUAAAGCACAAAUU